AAGGGACCAUAUAUGGUCCCUCACUUUUCACACCCUCUUAGCCCCUUUUCAACUGUGGAUUAAGAUGUCAAACACUGAGUGCACAGAAUCAAAGUUAUAACCAUCAUCACCCUAAUCAUCCCGGCUUUAACAUUGUGUAACUCAUAUUUUAUACAGUGCUACGUAUUGCGAAAUAUGGUGAGAUAAAUAAAGUGGUUACCAUGGUUACCACGCUUCUCAACCUUUUUCUGUGUAUGAACUAAUCACGACCACUUCCGUCAGUUUUGUUUUGACAUCAGAAACACUGACAGUUUCAUCAGGAUUUUUUAUCGAUAAAUAUAAAUCAUGGACAAUUUUCAUUGAAUGUGUACUCCAACAUAAAUGUCAUAUGUCUAUCGCCGUUAGGAUGUACUUUCCAAUGAUAUGGUCGUCACGAUAUGGCUGAAAUAUUGCCAAUGUGACGUAAAGCAUUAACUCACUCACUCACUCCAAUGAUAUGAAUUUUUUGACAUUUAGAUUUCAAACAAGGGCAAUUAAUGACUUUUCUUGUCAUAAUUGGGUGCUUCCAUAUUACGGUUAAUGUAGAAAAGUAGGGAACUUACAUUACCAGAACUUUUAUCGAUGACAAGGCACUGCAUAGAUCUUUUGGAUGUGUUCACUUUAGAUACUGUUGGAAAGACAAUCAAUGGGAGUUGCAUGUUAUACAAAUUGGUUACACUGUGUAAAGAAAUAACGUUGUAACACUGUUGAUACAAGGUUUACGUUUUUGAAACUGCGAUGUCAUCGCAGUGCGGCACUGAGCGGUGUACAAAGCCAGCUGACGGCCAGGCACCAUGAGGGUUAAAUGUGGCAGUGGAACUUGUUGAAAUGCCAUUCAAAUGGCAAGUGCAGUGUCAAAUCAGCAGUAAUUGUGUUUGAUGAUAGUACAAGAUAGUUCAUGUUUGUUUUAUUCCAAGAGCUGAUAAUGGUAUAUAUUUAUGUGUGGUUAUAAACCUUAAAUAUGUGAAUGUCAAUUUCAGGCAGGAAAAUAUGAGUAAUAUGAGUUGAUGUCUUUCAAUACAACUGUAAACAACAAAAUGGCGGACAAAUUUGUUGCUAAGAGAGACAGGUUCAAUAGCAUCACGUUUAGUGUCAGUGAUCAAACCUUUGCCAGUGAUGAAGAGUUGAUCCAGAAUCUUGAAGCCGCCCUGACUGAGUGGAGGAAUAGCAAGGUCCGAGGAGUGUGGGUUAAGAUCGGCUUGCAGCAGACAGCACUGGUGCCGAGGCUUGUGAAGCUGGGCUUCGACUUCCACCAUGCCCAGCCAGGGUACGUGAUGAUGAGUGUGUGGCUGCCUGCAGACGAACCCAACAACCUGCCUGAGUAUGCCAACCAGUAUAUUGGUGUUGGAGGGUUUGUAGUCAACAGCAAACACCAGGUACUGGCAAUACAGGAGAGGUUUCAGAGUCGGCCUCACUGGAAACUUCCUGGGGGACACGCAGACAAAGGGGAAGACAUUGGGGAGACAGCUAAGCGAGAGGUGUUUGAGGAAACGGGUAUAGAGUGCGAUUUCGAGUCGGUGCUGACUUUCCGCCACCAACACAACUACCGCUACGGCUGCUCCGACAUCUACUUUGUGUGCGUGAUGAGACCCCGCAGCGACGACCUCAAGCCGUGUAAACAUGAGAUCGCCAAGUGCCAGUGGAUGGAUCUGGAUGAGUACAUAAACCACAAGGAGAUGUCGGUGGGCAACCGUCACAUCGCCCAGUGCUACAAGGACAGCUUGAGUCAGGGCGGCCUAGCACUUGUACCCAGUCCAGUCAUCUCAUUCUCUGGCAAGGUGUACAACAAGAUGUACAGCGUCCAACACAAGGAUAAAGUCCAGACCAAUAUAGACUAGUGAGGUGUUAGCUAUAGCAUCAGCGGGGGGCGCAGUCGUCUAAGGCGCUGCAAUUUGCUGUGCAGAGUUGCGUCCCUUGGACACGCCAGAAACCUAUGAUUGUGGGUCCGAAUCCCGGUUUGAUUAUGUUUCUAGGUUGGUCAGCACCAUACCUGUGCUCAUGGGUUUCACCGAAGUGGUAAACGUCUGAGACCUGCAUCACUUCGGGCUUUCCUCCAACAUUAAGCUGACACGCCGCGAUAUAACUGGAAUAAUGUUAAAAGCGGCGUUUAACCCAACUCACUCACUCACUAUAGAAUCAGCACGUCAAUCAACCAGCCACUUAUACUUAUUUUGUAUAAUCAUAAUUAGUAGGACUACACUUUUCAAACGAUACUUACUGCAAUACUUUUUCUGUGCUCCGGUAUAUUGGGUGUAAAAUUUAUAACGGGUCUUUUUGUAUUGUGUAACCUAAAAUCGACACAGACAUUCAUUCAUUCAUGUGUGCCAGGUGUUUGGCCAUCCUAUCUAUGAAAAAAAUGGCUCACGCACCACAGAAUAGUGCACAUGCAAGUAUCGUGAUACGUAUCGGAUCGUGAGCAAGGUAUCGUGAUACAUAUCGGAUCACACAGUUGGUGUUCGUCCCAGCCCAACAAAUGAGGCUUCCUUUUGAAAUUGAUUGACAAAACAGCAUAAACGUGGAAGCAAUUUUUCUCUCAUGUUGGCUGCAAAUGACCAGGUUGACUUUGACAUCAUAAUAUUUAUUUUAGUAUGGAGAAAUAGGAUCUGCAUGUACAAUCAGUGCCAAUCCGUGUCAAACACUUUAGCUCCCAGUACUCAAGAAAUAAACGAUGAGAGGGAGUUGUUUAUUGUCCAUUAAAACACUGCAGAGAGAACAAACUAUGAAAGGCACCAAGAGUUUCUUUGAGUGGCAUUUAGAAGUUGGUGUUAUGAAGUAAGACGAGUUCUAUGGAUGAACAACU